AUGGUCCAGGUGAACGGGUCCGGAUACGCCUCGGACAUCUUCAGAGACCUGGUGGCUUCGUUCAACGUCCUGCAGCGAGGCAACAUCACGGUGGUCAGCAGGAAGUGUCUGGUGGAGCCGUCGGCGCCGGAGACCAGCACCACGGUUCUCCUCGCGCCUCAGACGCCUCAUCUGCGCCUCUAUCAUCCAGAGCGAGAAAAGGAGAGGAUCCGGUUCCUCCGGCAGCGGAUCCUGAAUGAGAGGAGGUCGCUGGGCCGGGCCCUGAGGAGGGCCGUCGUCCAGCAGCUGGCUGGUGGAGGCGCCGUCCGGACGCUGAUGACGCGGAUUCCAGGAGGAGGCUACCUGUGCCGCCUGCUGGACCGCUCCUCCCUCACCUGUGUGGGCUGCGGCGAGGCGGUGAGGGCGAAGGAUGACGACACCAUCGCCUGCGACGUCCCGCGCUGCUCAGGCGUGUUCUGUCGGCCAUGUUUCCACAGUUUGGGAAACAUGUGCGCCGUCUGCAUGCGACCUCUGACCUUCCAGGACGACAGCGAACUAGACUCCAGUGAAGACGAGCUCCGUCCUCCUUCUGCGGCCCUGAACUCGCCUCUCGUCGCCGACCAAACCUCCUGGUCACCGCUGAGGAGGAGGAGGAUCUUCACAGCAGAGGAACCCUCCGGUACCGGCGCCAGAGGAACCGCCGCAGACGCUGAGGUUCUGAGUGGAGACAGCGAGUACUUCAGCGCUUACUCCGACUCUGAUCUCAGUGAAGCAGACGUGACCCACCAGGACCGACCCGGACCUUCUGACUCGGACAGCGGCGCCUCCUUUCACACCGCCCCCUCACCGAGCACCUUCCACCGUCAGGAGGAGGAAGAGGAGGAAGAGGAGGAGCUCACAGAAGUCAGCGUUCACAACCCGGACCACCAUGGAAACCAGCCGGCUUCUCCAGGACCUUCCAGGACCUUCCAGCCCUCACCUCCAGGAGCCAGAAGCAGCUGAAGUCUCUGAUUAAAGUUGAUGAAGCAUGAA